UUCGGUCACACUGAUUUACAGGUACAUCCACGCCAAAAAUAUUUCAAGCCAACAGAAAAAAAAAUCGAAUCGGAGAAAGAAUUUUCUGUUAAGCGUUAAAUUAAUUGAAAAACCCCAAUUUCUGGGUCCCGCGGACGCAUUAAAGUGUAGCCUCAAUAUGACGCGCGUUACGAGAAGUGAGAUCUCCCUGGAUAUGGAGAUCUGGGUGGAGGAGCUGUCGCCGGCACAGUUGGCGUACUAUGAGAAAAUUACGAACGAACAUAAUGCGGUAAAGGGCGCGCUAAAGAACGCCGUAAGCGCCAACGAGGGCAAGGAGCUGUUCAAUGGCCAGGUUUUCCAGGCCUACUCUUUUAAGGGAAAGGUGCUGCAGGACCUCAAGGAGGCCACACUACCGAAGAAGCCGCCCAAGGCGGCCGACCCCCCUCCGGCGCCUAGCACCCCGGCCUCUGGUACGGGGCGGGGCCGUGGACGUCCACCGCGAGCCAAUCCCGCCAAUAACAACAACAGUUCCAACAUUGCCUAUUUGGAGUCCUCCGACGAGGGCGACGACGAUGUGCCGCUGGCCAAGCGUCUGGCACUGUCGGCGGGAAAAAAGGCAGUGGCUGCGGGAAAUUUGUCUACCUCCAGUCCAAAACUGGGCAAGAGAGCCUCUGCUUCGUCCCCCUCCGGCAAGGCAUCACCACAGCUUAAAGAGGGCAAGAAGAGUUCUUUUUCGAGCGGUAAAUCCUCCAAGGAGUCCAAGUUGGAGGGCGGCGAGUCGCCGCCAAAGAACUACCGCCCAGCUGAGGUUAACUCGGUGGGUGGCCUCGUGGUGGGCAGCUCCGACGAAAACAAAGACAGCAAGGACGGCAAGGAAACGAAGGACAACAAGAUGCAGGGCAAAACCUAUCCAUCGCUCGUUGUGCUCGCUAAGCCGUUCCUCAAGAUCAAGGACAUGGCUGCCACGCGCAGUAAGCUUGACUCAAAGGUGAAGCUGGUGCUCAUGCUAACACCGAACAAGUUCUGUGAAUGGCUACUCCAGGAGGGAUUGCUCCGGGCGCAGCAGCACUGCAUUAAUCACCGCAACAACGAGCUCAAGUUGGGCAUCUACUCGGAUGUGACUAAGUUCCCCUAUACCGGCGGCUACGUUUGGAUCAGCGAAUGCUGUCCCUACCGCUUUGUCUCCGUGUUCAAUAACUCCAUCUUUGAGGGAGCCCAGCACCCGCCCACAUUCCUGCUGAAGCUGAUCUACCAUUGGGCCUGCCAGACCAGCAUCCAGAAUGUGGUGCAGUGGGUCAAGGUGGACAGCGUGUACAUUAAGGGCAUCUACACAUGGCUGCGCGCCAUUUGCACUCUGGCCGUGCAUCAGAAGUGCAAGAAGCUGGGUGGUCCCGGCAAGUUCGUAGAGGUCGGCGUAAUCUCCCUGGGGACGACCUCACAAGAUGGAUCCCAGCGUCAGGUCAAGGUUGAGGUUCUGGGUGUUUACGAUUACGCGGAGAAAUCCAUUCGAUUGCGGGCCGUGGAGCCCAUCACAGACGGUGAUCGCAACUACAAGAAGCGCUUCCAGGCAAUUUUGGAGCCCCUAUCACGCUGGGUGCACAAGGAUAGUACCAUCUGCAUUGAUUUAACUGUGGACAAGAUCACCCUGUUUAGCAUGGGUUUCAAGAAUAUCGUCCAGGCAGCGGCCACCGACAACACGGCCAAGCACAACAACUCGGCGGUGAUGGAAUACCUGCGACGUAUUGUCCCACGCAUGUUCCAGAACACCUUGUCUCUGCUUUCGCGUCAGAUGAUCCAGCAGUUCCUGGAUGAGCUAGUCUGGCGCGAGGCGUUUGGCACGUAUGCCCUGCAGGCCUUUAAUAACAUCAUCAUUCACAUAGCCGAGCAGACGAGGGUUACCACCAAUGAGACAAUCACGCAGCGUCUGUAUCAGGUGGCCACUAAUCCGUUUAAAGACUGGAGCGUGCUGCCGGCAAACUACAAGGAAACGCCAGCCAAUGCGGCACCCAAACGCCUCAAGAAACCCAUCAACGAUGCCGACUACAACGUCUCCAGCAAGGUGCCGAAGAAGGAGAAGGAUCGCGAGAAGGAUAUUAUACCAAGUGGCGUAAAGAGAGGCCGUCCGCCGGGUUCGGUCAAUUUAACGCCCAGUGGUCAGCCGGUCAAAAAGGGACCAGGAAGGCCACCGGGCAGUACCAAUCAGCCAAAGGCUGACAAAGCCACCACCUCGAAGCCAUAUGGUCCAGCAUCUUCGAAGGCUUUGGCUGCGGCCAAAAUGCCAGUUAAAAAGUUUAAGGAAAAAGAUGAAAAGGUACCAGUGGUCAUCAAAAAGGAGGAGGAUGAGCUCAAGGGCCUGGAGGAGCUGUAUUAUGGCAUUAGCGAUGGCACGGACGAGUACUACGAGAUGUUCCCGUACAACACGCCCCGCACCGCCCACUACAAUCUGCCCAAGACGGUGGAGUGUCCGAUUUGCCUGAACGGCGACUCCUUUGAUUCCAACGAGAAACUCCAGACCCACCUGGUCUCGCACAUUUCGCCCGAGGGCAAGCAGCACCAGUUCCAGUGUCUGUUCUGCCUAGAGAAGCAUCCAACGGAGUCGGUGCUGGCCAAACACAACCAGAUCAUGCAUCCGACCGAGACGAAGACGGAGGGCUCACCCUCCUACUACUGUCUCAUCUGUCAGCAGCGCCACAAUUCGCUCCAUCUGCUGACGGCUCAUCUACAGAAGGCGCACAGCACCCUGGAGCUGCCGUAUUGGUGCCAUUCCUGUGGCUAUCGUUCGUCUUCCCAUCGCGACCUGGUCAGGCACUACUACGAUGACCACAAGAACCACAACUUCCUGCAAUGCCCAUACUGUCUGGAUAUAUUCUACUUCUCGAAACGCGGUGUUAUCAAUUCAAUCCGCAUCGAACACUACUUCAUUCACCUGGACGAGCACGUGAACAAGCGCGAUAGCACCCUGCGAUGCCAGAAGUGCUCGCUCAGCUUCCUCGAGAAAGGCGACCUCAAACAGCACGUUGUGCAGCAUCAUGUUAGCAUGACCAAGACCAAUAAGCCGGUGCGUCUCCUGCUCAACAAUUCGUUGCUGAUUCCGCCGCCCAAGGUGCGCACCCAUCACCGGGAACAGCCGCCGUUCUCCACCUACAAGCGGCCAGUUUUCUUUGCCUUCCUGGAGGGCAAGACCUGUGCCGAGUGCAAUACGGAUUACGCCAGCGAGGAGACACAUUACACGGGAUGGCUACAUUGCGUCAAGUGCAACUACCAGACCUGUUGCGAGAGAGCUCAGUUCCGUCACGGCGUUGAUUGCAAUGGCAACUUUGUGGACGCCAUGGAGGUGAAUAUGCCGCAGGAAAUGCACUGUAUCUGCGGCUUUGCCACCGGCAACGGCAAUAAGAUGGCCCAGCAUCUGGCCAACUGCGGCCUCAGCACCUGUUAUCCCAGCCUGGAGGCCGCCAGCGAGAAUGCCGUCAAGCGUAAUAUGCUGGACAUGUUGGGCUUGGUGCGACGCGACGGUGAGACAUCUGGCGAGGGUGCCGAUCUGAGCGAAACUGUCGACGAUUCGGCUGAUCAGAACAGCGAUAUAUUGCCGCCGUCCGAGGAUCAGCAGUUGCAGCAGCAGGAGCAACAGGUUCCGGAGCACCACGUCCAGGACCAGCAGAUGCAUGAGCAGCCUCCCGUUGAGCCCCAGUCGGAACUUCAGCCGGAGUACCUAUCGGCGCCAGUGGAUGAGCCUGUGCAGAGUCUACCAGUUCACCAGGGCCUGCCCGUGCACCAGCAGCCCGGUCCCAUACAAUUUGGCGAAAUGGAGGCGGCACCCGUCAUUCUGGAUCCCCAGCAGCAACAGGUGCAGGCCACUCCGGACUAUGCUCACGUUUCGGUGGUGCAACAGCAUCAGCAGCAGCAACCCUACGGAAUGAGCAGCUACGGUCAGAGCACCCUGGCCACCGACAUUGACAUGCCGCUGAUCGGGGAGCUGUCCGAGCCGAAUGCCCCGCCCACGCCCCAGUUUCUGGGCGAGGUGCACACGCCCAUGUUCGAUGCCGUGGCCGCUGCCGAGCAGCAGCACUACCACGCCCAGCACCAGCAUCACCAUCACCCGCAAUGAUACAAGCCACCUGGCAAGCUGAAGUCGCGCGACUACACCCUUCACUGGCAGAACUACUAGCUUCCGGGAUGUGAGUUUGGUUCCGUAUUUUAAUUUUUAUAAAACUUGCGUUUAGAUUCGGACAAUUAGAUAUUAUCCCAGAUUCGAACAAUAAUGAACUUCGAUGGCAGUCGAUGGAUGGGCUCUAAAAUGUAAAUUUAACGAACGAAAUCUCAAUUGAACAGAGGUUGACUAUAUCCGGAUAAUCAAAAGUCUUUUCAGAGACAUAUCCCGACGUAAGCAUGCCUCCGCAAUGAGGUCUCUAUUUAAACACGUAAAAUAUCUGUAAUACAUAAUACUUCACGUAAAUAUUGGAAAAAUAUUCAUUUGUAAAUGACGCAAAUACACAUUGUAAUAUUAAUAAAAACUACAUGUCCUUAAAUUAG